AUGUCAAUGACCGGCGAGGAUGCAAUCGCGGGCUUUUUCCUUCUUUUAUUCGGUCUUCUCGGCAUUGUCCUCUACACAGCGAUCACUUAUUCCAUGAUUCGGAUGUCACACGAAAUUGUCGGAUUUCGAUUUCUCAUCUCACAAGCCAUCUCCGAUAUUUUGUUGAUGAUCCAGUUCGGUGUUUGGCCGGGUUUGGUGAUUUUGUGUCAAAAUGAGAUGAUUCCCGAAUCGUGGAGAUGGCAUUUGCAUGUUUAUCUCGAUUUCACAUGGUGGGCUAUGGUGUAUCAUUAUUCAAUUGUUGCUUGGUCUCGUCUCGCCGCCGUUCAAUGGCCAAAUUGGUUUAGAACACUUCAAAAUGGCACUUGUGUAUUGAUUUGUCUCUCGGCUUGGUUUUUGGGUCUUGUUCAGAGUCUCGUCGAACAUCAGUUUCAAUGGUUUGAGCCACUUUUCUAUAAUCCGAAACGAUAUGGAAUGGAUGCCGAUUGGAAUCGAUAUGUCAAUGGUGGAACAUCCUCUUACUAUAUGGCUUUGAAUAUUGCUUUAAUGGUGAUUCCAUUUCCAUUUUAUGCAAUCGCAUUGGCUGUUCUCUUUAAAAGGCAACGAAAAAGGAUUGUCGAUCUCAAAACACGUCCCCCAAAUGGUCGUUCUCCAUCAUUGACUCCAAUGGCCUUUGCUGCUCAAAGACAACUCUCAAUCGAGACUCGUUUACUCAUUCCUUGCAUCUGCAAUACAAUUCUUUUCGUCGUCGGACAGGUAUUUAUUGCCGUUUGUUCUAAACAUGGCAAAUGGAUGAACUGGGCUGUGAUGAUCGUUUUCUCAGCAAAUUCAAUUGCAAAUCCCAUUCUAUAUCUUUUCUUCAGUAGUGUCAUCCGUAAACAUGUUCUAUUCGAUUGUCAAAAUCGUUUCUCUUUAUCAGCAAUCUAUCAAGAUUACGAAUAUCGAUCAUCACUGUCACAGCAUCGUCAAAGUCUUUUGAAAGCUCGAGACACGACAAUUUCUUCGGAUCUCAAUCGAAUUGGAGGAUAUCCAAAAGCGAGCAUUUCAGCU